GUCGUUUUGCUGCUGCAUCGACUUGGCGUCCGUAUUCACGCAAGUAGAGCGUGAAAUACACACGCUGCGCUGGUCACUGCCGCAGCGCUGCCGCGUUUUCUCACUGAGACCCGAAAAAAACGGCUCUCGCGCGCGCGCCGACACAACAACCGCCACAGCUCCUGGCCUCCUAGCGCCGCCGCGGCCACGUUAGAGGACUCACACGUACAGCCACUGCUCCCACGCAAGAAGCGGACCACGCCCAGCGAUUAGCGAUGGGACGCUCGAAACCGACGGGCCGCAAGGCCACGACGGCCAAGAAGGGCGCCGCGCCGGGGCUUUCAAGACACUUCAGCGAGGAGCAGCUAGCGCCGCUGAAGGCGAAGAGCGCGCGCGCGCGCCGCGCCAAGUCGGACGAGCCGCUGAAGCUGGACGAAUUCAAGGGAAAGGCGUUCUUGUGGAGGAACAAGCACGGGAAGGUUGACGAGAAGAAGAUGGCGCCGCGCAAGGCCGUGGUCGACGCGGCCAUCGAGGACGGGCGGAAGAACGCCGGCAUCACGAAUAGCACGGAGCUCGCCAAUCACGUCUUCGAUAAGACCGGCUUUCUGAGGUGGCACCGCGGCAAGAACGUCGGCGCUGCUUUGGGCCACUACGUCACAGCCCAGUGCGCCGAGAAGGACCGCUCCAAGAAGGAAAAGCCGUGGUGGGACGGAGUCACGAACCUCGCGAAGGCGACGAAGGCCCAGCUCGUGGUUGUGGAAAGGGACGGCGAGGGCAAAGCGAUCACGGCCUGGUCGUGCCAGAAGAAGCACGUGCACUACCCGGCGGACUCGGGCCUCACAACGGCGCGCGGUUCGAUCGGCUUCUCCGUCGAGAAGUACGGAGAAGCGGGCGCGACGCUGUUAGCUUUUGAGGAGUCGCAGUCGGCGCUGGGCCUGCUCAAGAAGUUCAAGAAGCAGGUCAGCAAGCUGCGAUCAUCGGCGCAGAAACCGAAGCUCGACGCGCCUUCUCCGAGAGACGUCGCGUUCCGCUUCGCCGACGACGUCUGCUCGACGACUCUUCCCCACGCAGGCCGAAGAAGGUGCGGGAAGACAUCGCGGCGCGCAAGGCGUCGGGCGGCGCCGUCGCGCAGAAGAAUGGCCGCGCGUCGACGAACAUCGAGGCGGGCAUUCAGCGCGUGGAGGUCCGCGGCGUGACGAAGCUCCGCGUGCGGUACGGGCCGAGGGGUGCGUUGACGCACGAGGACUUCCCCGACACGGCCGACGGCCUGUGCGAGGCGCGCGCGUUCGUCUACGCGAACCUGCCCCUCGCGGUGCGCCGCGCGCAAAACGCGGCGAACCUCGAGGUGCUGCCCCUCGCCGAGUCGCUCGACGAGCUGCCCUACCGGCAGGAGGACUUCGUGGCGGCCCACGCGGGCACGGCGACGCCGCCGGCGGUCGGGGACGCGGCGUCGCUGCGCGCCGCGCGGCUGAAGCGGCGCGGCGCGUCCAAAGGCGCCGCCGACGGCGGCGACGACGUCGACGACGCGCCGCCGCCGUCGAAGCGACAUGCGGCCGGCGACACGUGCGUGCCCGCGGAAGAAGCGCGCGCCGAUGACGCCGACGACGCGCCCUCGGCCUUCGGCUUCGGCGACGACGACGACGCGGCCGCGCCGGAGCCGUCGUCGGAGCCGUCGUCGAAGCGCCGCAAGGGCGCGGACGGCGUCGCGCUUAGCGUUAAGCCGGGCGUCGCCGAAGUUCUGGACCAGCUCCGUACGGCGGACGCCGUGGCCGCGAACGAGUGGCUGGCGGAGCAGGGCCUGACGUCCGUGCAUCAGGUCGCCGAGCUCCGAAACAACGCGCGCCACAUCGAAGCGUUCCUGGACGCGGCGAAGGUGUCCGGCGACGCGGCGCGGGAGUUGGCCGCCCAGAGGAUCCGCGACCUAGCGACGGCCGCCGCGCCGAGCGACGAUAGGGCCGUCGACGACGCUCCGGCGGCGGUGCCGCCGCCCGCGCGGUCGGCCAAGCGCGGGCGGUCCGGCGCGAACGGCGGCGCUGCGUCCAUGGCCGGCGCCGCGUCGCUAACGCCGCGACUGUCGCGCGUCGAUCCCCAGCAAGACAAGUAUCGUGCCGGCCUCGACGCCAGCAAGCGCAAGCCGCAGGUCGCGCUCGCGCCUACGUUGAAGGACGAGGAGAUGCUCCACCGGAUCACUUUAUUAGGGCAGGGCAUCGCCGACGCCCAUAGCUACGUCUUAUCUUAUCCGGCUUCUCGGGAGCAGUGCGUCGGCAUGUGCAACCCCGACGCGCGGCUCCGCCGCAUCCACUUGGCUUCGUUCGACCGGCCGAUAGAAGACCGUCUGGAGUUCAUCAACGAGUGCGUCUGGGUCAACGACGACGGCGCGCUCGGUCGGGACCUUCUCUGCCGAGAGUACGGGAUUCCCGAGGCGGUCGGCCUGACCGACGCCCAGUUCGCCGCGCUCGGGGGGCUCUGGACCAUCGACGGGAUGUGGAACAAGAUCGAGCUGCCUCUCGAGGCGCUCGUCCUGCGCCCCAUGACGGCGCAUUUACGCUGGAUGUACGAAGGCUCGACGACGAUGAAGGAGGAGGUCAAGCGCUACUACGGCGCGCCGCGCUUCAAGAUCGCGACGCGGUCCGCGUCGCGCGCCACUACGAAGGCCAAGGAGCUCGAGCAGGCGUGCCUGUAG